AAGGCAUCGCACCAGCAUUGUUCCCGACGUCUUAAGGGAGCGUCCCAGGUCACCGGAGGUUGACGGCGAGGACCACCGUCACGAUGAUGCCCAGCAGUAUGAGGAACGGCAGCCAAGUUUUCAGGAAGCCCGCGCAGCUGCACCAGGACAUUUCGCCGCACUUCCGGUUUAGUUCGUUCACGGACUUGACGUUCCAAACGACUCAUCUGUUGCAUAUUUCUCAUCUGGGCGAGGAAGAGCGAGCAGGAGGUUGUUUUCUGCUACAGCGAGAGCAAGAAACGCGGCCAACACGUCCUGUCUGAAGCAAGUUUCCCAAGUCCACUUCCUGCCGGUAUGACGACCAUUGUGAUGGACCGAAUCUGCCGCCUCUUCAUCAGCCUGCAGCAGAUCAAGGAGGUCCCUCGCAUGCUGACCGAGGCGGCGCCGUCCGUCCCCGGCACGGUGCGGGACACCGAGGUCCCUCAAUUCUUCCGGGAGCGCUUCGUCUGCACAGGCUACCGUCCUCUCCAUCAGCGGUGGCGCUACUACUUCCUGUCCAUUUUCCAGCGUCACAACGAAACGGUCAACAUCUGGACUCACCUGCUGGCCCUCUUGGUUCUUUUGGUGAAGCUGUGCCAAGUGGCCGAGACGGUGGACUUUGCCGGGGACCGUCACUCGUGGCCGCUGUUGGUCCUCAUCGUGUCAGCCAUCAACUACACGGCUUGGAGCGUGAUGGCUCAUCUGCUUGGCGGUAAGUCGGAGCUGUGUCACUACGCCUUCUUCUUCUUGGACUACGUAGGGGUGGCGCAGUACCAGUAUGGCAGUGUUGUGGUGCACUAUUACUACACCAUAGAGGAAGACUUCUACUCACAAGUGCAUGCCAUCUUCAUCCCUGUGGCGGUGCUCCUCAGUUGGUGCUCGUGCCUGGGCUGCUGCUACGGUAAAUAUUGUAACCACUUCCUACCCGCUUGGGUGCGUAAAGUUGGCCAGGUGACGCCCUCCUCCCUCGCCUACAUGUGGGACAUCAGCCCUGUCAUGCACAGACUUCUCUUCAAGCCCGGGGGUCUAGACGACCCCGCCGCCAUGUACCACCUUGGUCACAUCGGCUUCUUCAUCAGCUGCGCCUUUUUCUUCGCCUUCCCCGUGCUGGAACGCUGCUUGCCCGGACGCUGUGACAUCUUGGGGCAAAGCCAUCAGCUCUUCCACGUGCUGCUCUCCUGCUGCACCAUGUUUCAGAUUCACGCCUCCCACCUGGACUACGUGGCCCGCAGGGAGCUGUACGUGCGGCUCCACGGGAGCGGCGACGCUGCUCUCCUGGUGGGCCUCUACAUGCUCACGGUGCUCGUGUGCCUACUCAUUGCUGCUGUCAUGCUCAGGAAAGCCAAAAGCUUGCUUGACUGCCAGGCCAAGUUGAAAUGAAAGAUUAAUUCCAUUGCAGAAGUUUAGGGAAAAUCUCCUAAUUUGCACUUAAACGUCAUUUUUUAAGAGCAGCAUUGUUGUUUUUGAAUAGUAUUACUUGUACAAUCAUUAGGUACACCUGCACAAUCUACUGAGGUCCACAAUUGAAAAUGUCUGCCUUUACAAAGUAUCACUAAACAUUACAGUUAAGCACUGUAAAAUACAACUAAAUAAAACUACAGUAAUGUAAAACUACUCACCGACCUUCGUUUUGCAGAGCAACACUGUCCUCUAGUGGUGUUUUAUAGGUAUUGCAGAAAGCGUGUGUCUGCCAGCAACCGCAGUUGUCAUUUUUGGCUCUAUGGUUACCAUCACCCUUCACCCUUGUGGAGUUGAAUCCCGUCGAUGCCAGCUGACACGAUGAUGGUUUGGGUUUGAACUGCGAAGUCUGUUGGACAUUUGAAAAUUGUAGUUCAAUCCAAACCAACACAUCAGGUGCAGCUUUGUAAAGGCAAACUUCCUGAUGCAGCUCUACAGUAUAUUGGAUCUCAUUAGAUGCACUUCAUCAUGUGGCCGCUGUGUGUAUUUGUCACCAACGCUGUCGACACAGUACUUGCAUUAUUUUAAAUUAUAAUAUGUUCUUAUUUAAAGCGCUUAUUUAAAGCGAUUGUCAGACGGUAGAUGACAGUAACAUUGAGACUACUGUACUUAACAUGGGACCUAAUGUUGAUUAAUUAUAACUGAAGCCAUGUUAUGAUAUUGCGUUUUUAAGAUGCCAGAAAGUGGGAUUCUGUGCCUUUCAUAGUACAGGUAAUUUUACAUAGAUUUUAAUACAUUUUGGAUAUCAAUGCUCUGGAAGGGGUUGCCCAUGUUUUAAUGCUGUAGUGUUUUGAUGUGCCUUUUAAAUGGGGCCAAAUAUAUGCCAUAAAAAGUGCACAAAAAAAAACAGCGAAAAAAAAGUCUGGUCUGAGACACAGUUGCAGACGUGAGAGCUUGCAAAGUAAGUUUUUUUUUGUUACCAUACUGUGCCGCAACACUUGAUAGCUAAGUGUUCAACAGCAGUAUAGCCCCAGGAUCCUUCAAAACACUGGUAUAUUUUACCAAAUGUGAUUUAAAUGCCUCCACUGUUGUAUAACAGGUAAACCUGCCUUGCAGUCUCUUAUGUUGACUUUUGUUACAGCAACACCUUCUUUGUUGUGGUAAAAACUCGCCAGAAUCAGUGAAAUAACUGUCAUAUUUUUGCACCCUUUAAGGGCAAUUCUCAUGUGAUGGGGCUGUGCAAUAAUAGGUUAAAAGAAUGCAUUUGAUGCUAUAAUCGUUGCAAUAUAUGCAGUGCCGAGAGCACACACGGGACAUCUGAUUGGCUGCCUCUCGAUGGCGGUCUCACACUGCUUGUUUGGUCUCCAUAGCAGCCUUUUAAGCCAAUGUUCCAGUCUGCAGGACCCUAAUCUGCUAUUUGCAUAUGGACACACUGUCAUGUUUUAGUGAUUAGCACUAAUGUGUGAAUGUCUAGCUAGGACACUUAAUUUGGUGGAAAACAAUUUGUGUGUUUGUUCUUGUUUGCAAGUGUACUUAUGUCUAAGGGUAUUCCAAGAAAUGUGGCAUUUAUGCGAGGAUAAGUGUGAUGCUUUUUGUAUAUUUUAAUACUUGCCACAUUCUCUCAUUUUAUUGCAAAGAUGCCUGAAAGAAAAUGUUUGAAUUAUGAAGGCACUGCUGUGUGAUUCCGUGUUAAAGUUGAGUUGUUUAUGAUGCCCCCUUGGGCGACCUACUGUGCCUCUUUGCUGCCUCCUAGUGGCGGUGCUAUUCGUACAUUUCAACUAAAUAAAAGCCUGGGA